UCAGUCAUUUUAAGCAACUACGAGUUAAAGUUUCCCAUUAACGUCAAGUUUUGCAGCAAGAAGAGGUCAUUAAGCAAAAGAAACCGCAAUGAGGGAAAUUGUUCAUGUCCAAGCUGGUCAGUGUGGUAACCAAAUCGGAGCGAAGUUUUGGGAAGUGAUAUCUGACGAGCAUGGUAUCGACCCAACUGGUACUUAUCAUGGGGACACAGAUUUACAGUUGGAAAGGAUCAACGUAUACUAUAAUGAAGCAUCAGGAGGAAAGUAUGUUCCACGUGCAAUCCUUCUGGACUUGGAACCAGGUACAAUGGAUUCAGUACGCUCUGGUCCUUUUGGUCAACUGUUUAGGCCUGACAACUUCAUAUUUGGUCAGAGUGGAGCAGGAAACAACUGGGCUAAAGGACACUAUACAGAAGGUGCUGAAUUAGUCGACACAGUGUUAGAUGUCGUCAGGAAAGAAUCUGAAAGCUGUGACUGUUUACAGGGCUUCCAGCUGGCUCAUUCACUAGGUGGAGGAACUGGAUCUGGAAUGGGAACCCUUUUGAUUUCAAAGAUACGAGAAGAAUAUCCUGACAGAAUCAUGAACACUUUCAGUGUUCUGCCAUCUCCAAAGGUGUCUGACACAGUUGUAGAGCCCUACAAUGCUACACUCUCUGUUCACCAACUUGUAGAAAAUACUGAUGAAACUUAUUGCAUUGAUAAUGAAGCUUUGUAUGACAUUUGUUUCCGUACCUUAAAAUUAACCACUCCAACCUAUGGUGACCUUAAUCAUCUUGUCUCUGUCACAAUGUCUGGAGUCACUACCUGUUUGAGGUUCCCUGGCCAACUGAAUGCAGAUCUCAGAAAACUUGCUGUCAAUAUGGUUCCUUUCCCUCGUCUUCAUUUCUUCAUGCCAGGAUUUGCUCCACUAACUUCCAGAGGAAGCCAGCAGUAUAGAGCACUCACAGUUCCAGAGUUGACACAACAGAUGUUUGAUGCUAAGAACAUGAUGGCUGCCUGUGAUCCUCGUCAUGGUCGCUACUUAACGGUGGCCACAAUCUUCCGAGGGCGUAUGAGCAUGAAGGAAGUUGAUGAACAGAUGUUGAACGUUCAGAACAAGAACAGCAGUUACUUUGUGGAAUGGAUCCCCAAUAAUGUAAAGACAGCUGUCUGUGACAUUCCUCCUCGUGGUUUGAAAAUGAGUGCCACAUUCAUUGGAAAUAGCACUGCCAUCCAGGAGAUCUUUAAGAGAAUUUCAGAACAGUUUACAGCUAUGUUCCGGCGAAAGGCUUUCUUACAUUGGUACACUGGUGAAGGCAUGGAUGAAAUGGAGUUUACUGAAGCAGAAUCUAACAUGAAUGAUCUGGUGUCGGAGUAUCAACAGUACCAAGAGGCCACUGCUGAUGAUGAGGGAGAGUUUGAUGAAGAAGAACCACUUGAGGAAGCUUAGAUUUCUUGUGCUCUCACAUAAUUUGUACUGAAUUUGGCUUUAACUCAUUAGUUAAAUUAGGGAACAAUACUGUUUAUUUUUGGUAAUUAACACAUAGUAACUCUUCCACCUGUAACUUAUAGUAUAAAUUAACAUUCCAGUUGGAAGAAAGCUUUUUAUAUGCCUACAUUUUUCUCAUAAGCUAAUUGUCAAUUUUGGUACAAAAAAAUAGUAUGGAAGAUCACUAGCAAGUCAAGCUCAGUAAAAAAAAAAAGAAGUUGAUUAAACUAUUUUCUCUUGUUUUA